GUCAUUCAAAUCAUCACAUUCAUCAUUCAAUCAAGGGAGAAUUAAUGGAUCCCGGAGAGCUCAAACGGGUGUUUCAAAUGUUCGAUCGGAACGGAGAUGGGCGGAUUACGAAGAAAGAACUCAGCGACUCGCUACAAAAUUUGGGAAUUUUCAUCCCUGACGACGAUCUUGUCCAGAUGAUUGAGAAGAUAGACGUAAAUGGAGAUGGUUGUGUCGACAUUGAUGAGUUUGGGGGAUUGUAUCAAACAAUCAUGGAUGAGCGAGACGAGGAAGAGGAUAUGAGAGAAGCAUUCAAUGUGUUCGAUAAAAAUGGUGAUGGGUUCAUUACCGUCGAAGAAUUGAGAUCGGUUUUGUCAUCUCUGGGGCUCAAGCAAGGAAGAACCGCAGAAGAUUGCAGAAAGAUGAUAAGAAAGGUUGAUGUUGAUGGAGAUGGUAUGGUUAACUACAAGGAGUUUAAGCAGAUGAUGAGGGGGGGAGGGUUUGCGGCCCUGAGUUGAAGGUGGGUUGGGGGGGGGGGGG